CCUGUGGGUCCUUAACCGUUGGACCCCGGCGCUGUAAAUAAGCAGUCAGUUCGUUACUUUAAAAAAAAGUCUAUUUAAAAGUGUUUAUCACCUUACUUGCAGCGGACUUGUAGUUAUGACAGAUGAGGAGAGCGAGUUGGAAAAACGUGCUGUGGAGGAGCUCCUGAGGGAGACUGACAGGGCUCGGGUAAGAGCCGAGACGAUGGGCCCUGCGGGAUGGUUGAAAUGUCCAUUGCGGGGCACCAACAAGCGGUUCCUCCUCAACACCCUGCGCUCCACCGGCCUGCAGCGGGAGCCCGGCGAGUCCAAAGAGGGACACUCAUCGCAUUCCACGACUUGGGAGUCCUCCUGUAGGAGGAGCCGCAGCCGGUCGCCCCCCGUCAGACGAGACAGCGGACACUCGCGCAAGCGUCAUCGUGGGAACAUCUCCAGCGGUGACCCCAAGAGGAUGGACAGGGACAGGGAGCGGGAGAUGAGUCAUGGACACAAAGGCGAGAGGGACAAGACGGCAGAUAGACGGACGGCGGAAAAAGAUAGACGGACGACAAAACCGAGGACGGGGUCAGCAAAUUGAUGGACCUAGGUUUUUUCAUUCAUCCAUCCAUUUUGUAUGUCCUCAUCUGGCUAACUGAGCUGGAGCCUGUCACCGCUGACGUUGGCGAACAUGGUGGCGAGGGAAGAGGAAAACUGGCAGUAAAAGAGGCCAAAAUCUAGAAUGUCAGGCGGUGAGGGAGUGUAAGAGUCGAGUUGCAGAAUAGGCGUGGUCAUCAAAUGCUAGUCUAGAAAUAUGUUUUAAAUUAAGAUUUUAACAUUUCUACAGAAGUAGGUGCUCAGAUUUCUUUCUGAUAGUGCUUGUCCUCAUUAGGGUAAGCUGGGGUCUGUCACAGCUGACUUGGGUCGAGAGGCAGGGUACACCCUGGACUGACUGCUAGUCAGUUGGAACAAUUAUACAUUUUCCACAGUGCUUGUACUUUUUAGGUUCUUGUCUCAUUCAAAUGAGAAACUACUCAUGAAGUAGCUUUGAUGUGAAACAACAGUGGAGCCAUCUUGUAUUGAGGACAUCGACACCGGCUGCCAUUUUGUGUUUAUUUUGGUGUAAUUCCUUUUUUUUUUUUUUUUUUUCAAAAAUGCAGUCUUUUGGUGUCCCAUUUAAAUCAAGACAGAUUGUUAAAAAUAUUACCCCC